AUGGAGAACGCGACACCAUCACCAACCCCACCAGCUGAGGAGCUUCUAACGAAGAUCCAAGAGCUCGAAGCUGGUCAUGCUUACUUGAAACAAGAGAUGUCGAAGCUCAUGAUUUCAAGUGAUCACAAAUCGGACUCACAAAACCGCCAAAGGUCUCACUCUAUAUCGCCAAAGCGGUCUGCUAUGGCACCGACGUUGAGAGGCGGUGGCGCUGGUGGGUUUGAAGGUAGAGCUCCGGCGGCAUGGAAAAAGGGUUCGGCUUCUUUCCGCCAAUCGUCGCCGUUGCGGAGGGAAAGUCGGAGUUAUCAGGAUUACAGUGGCGGCGGCGAAAGCGGUGGUCCGGCGUCGGUGAAGUUUACUGAUAGGCAGUAUUUGAACAUAUUGCAGUCAAUGGGUCAGUCUGUGCAUAUAUUGGAUCUCACAGGUCAAAUAAUUUACUGGAAUCGAACUGCUGAACACCUCUAUGGUUACUCUGCUGCUGAAGCUCUUGAGCAGGAUGCCAUUGAGCUGCUAACAGAUGCCCAACACUUUGCUAUGGCUAAUAAUAUAGUGCAUCGUGUGACAAUGGGGGAGAGCUGGACAGGACAGUUCCCUAUCAAGAAUAAGCGAGGGGAUAGGUUCCUAGUGGUUGCUACCAAUACCCCAUUCUACGAUGACGAUGGCACUUUGGUUGGGAUUAUCUGUGUAUCAGGUGAUUCUCAGCCAUUCCGAGAAAUGAAGUCCAUAUUGUCCGGUACAAAUCACUUGGAAGCAGAUUCAAGCUUUAGUCGGACUAGGAGCAUUGCUUCAUCUAAACUUAGGCUUGAUCCUCAGCAACCUCUACAAGUUGCAAUUGCUUCGAAGAUAACAAAUUUGGCUUCCAAGGUGAGCAACAAGGUAAAGGCGAAAAUGAGGACUACAGAGAACAGCAUGGAUCAUGAAGGUGGAUGUGUCGAUAGUCAUCUUUCAGAUCAUGGUUUGUCAGAUGCAGCUCUGUCGGACCAUAGGGAGGAUGCAGCUUCAAGUGGAGCAAGCACACCCAGAGGCGACAUAUCACCAUCUCCAUUUGGGGUAUUUUCUCACAAUGGCCAUGAGGAGCACUCCCCAGUAAAAUCCUUAAGAGAUUCUGGUGAUGAGAGUGAAGCAAAACCUGGAAUCUCCAGGAUAAUUUCCUCUAAGGCAGAGGCAUGGAUGGGGAAGAAAGGCAUAUCGUGGCCAUGGAAAGGGAAUGAGCGGGAAGGGUCAGAGUUGAAAACCACUCGCUUUGUCUGGCCCUGGUUGCAUAAUGAUCAAGAGAGUGAAACCGUUCAACAGAAAAGUUUCAAUGCUGCUUCAAAACCUGAAAGUCAGGUGGGUGAAGCUAACCGGACACCUAAUAAUGAGGCUUCAGGAUCUUGGUCUUCGUCAUUCAAUGUUAACAGCACGAGCAGUGCAAGUAGCUGUGGUAGUGCGAGCAGUAGUGCUGUUAAUAAAGUGGACUUGGAUACUGAUUGUUUGGAUUAUGAAAUCUUGUGGGAAGACUUGACAAUUGGAGAACAAAUUGGGCAAGGCUCCUGUGGAACUGUAUAUCAUGCUCUGUGGUAUGGAUCAGAUGUUGCUGUAAAGGUAUUCUCCAAGCAAGAAUAUUCGGACGAUGUGAUACUUUCCUUCAGACAAGAGGUAUCACUUAUGAAAAGACUUCGGCAUCCAAAUGUUCUGCUCUUUAUGGGUGCAGUAACUUCACCUCAGUGUCUCUGCAUUGUCACUGAGUUCCUUCCCCGUGGAAGUCUGUUCCGGUUACUACAGAGGAAUACCUCUAGAUUCGAUUGGAGGCGGCGGGUUCAUAUAGCCUUAGAUAUUGUACGAGGCAUGAAUUAUCUUCAUCAUUGCAACCCACCCAUCAUUCAUCGUGAUUUGAAAUCUUCAAAUCUUCUUGUUGAUAGGAAUUGGACCGUAAAGGUUGGUGACUUUGGCUUAUCACGUAUCAAACAUGAAACAUAUCUGACAACAAAUACGGGGAAAGGAACGCCUCAAUGGAUGGCUCCAGAAGUUCUUCGUAAUGAACGCUCAGAUGAGAAGUCUGACAUAUACAGCUUCGGGGUGGUAUUAUGGGAACUUGCCACUGAGAAGAUCCCUUGGGAUAAUCUCAACUCAAUGCAGGUGAUUGGAGCUGUGGGGUUCAUGAACCAACGACUAGAGAUCCCAAAAGAUGUGGAUCCGCAGUGGGCUUCUAUAAUUGAGAGCUGCUGGCACAGCGAGCCACAGUGCCGCCCAACAUUUCAAGAGCUGUUGGAAAAGCUCAAGGAUCUGCAGAGACAGUAUGCCAUUCGAUUUCAGUCAGCCCGUUCCCCUGCUGGAGAUAACAGCCAAAAGGAGUUGUAGAUACAAAAUGUGUCUUUUCUCUUCAGCUUUGCUCGAGUUUUUGUGAGAAGAACAUUGCAUCUUUGCACCUGCUGCUGGUUACUAGAAGUGGCCACAAAGUGCUUGCUCUCGCAGAGCUAGAAAUUCAAAAGAAGACUGCACUAAUUGUUGUUUCUUGUCAACAUCAUGAGAUCUCAUCCGGGAUGCUUUGUUAUUGAAUUCAUGUCUUGCACGGGCCAUCGAUCUGUGUGAUCAUACUCAUGUCAUUCGGAUGAUAUGUGAUUCGUAUGUGAUCUACGUGUGUUGCGAGCAGCCAAAACUAUUUGUACAGGAAACACCCACGAUUUUGUAUUUGAGGUAUUGCAACCAUUGAUUUACUGUACUCACUGUGUUGUUAUUUGAACAAGGUUGUCUUGCAUGGGCUUCUGAGCCGUGGUGGAUUAUGACUGAAGGUUGAUAUCUGAAAUCUAUGGUAUAAACAGAAAAACUGUUUGUGUUCCAGAGUUGCUUCAUGGUUGACCGUCCACUUG